UUAUAAAAGGGGUGUGUGAUGUGUUUAUUAUGCAAGAAGAGUGUGUGUUCUUUUUGAGGAAGAAGAUUCAAAGAGAACUUGUGCAAGAGUUAGUGCUCACCUCUCACACCUCUUCAAGUUCAAGAAUCAAACACUAAGAGCAAUAAGAUUGGUGCAUCCUCAAGGCAUCAUACUCUUCUUGAUUGAGUUGCUAUCAUGGACGAUAACAGUAUCGCGAAUAAUAAUGCGGUCAAGAACAAGUGGUUAAUGCCUCUAUCAGUUUUCUUCAAAGAUGCAAGCCUUGUAUUCAAGAUGGACACACUAGCUAAGGAGAUUCUUGGGAUUGCAUUCCCAUCUGCACUUGCUGUUGCUGCUGAUCCAAUUGCUUCUCUUAUCGACACCGCAUUCAUCGGCCACUUGGGGCCGGUGGAACUUGCGGCUGCGGGAGUUUCGAUUGCGGUGUUCAACCAAGCGUCAAGGAUUACCAUUUUCCCUUUGGUCAGUAUUACAACUUCCUUUGUAGCUGAAGAAGAUACUAUUAAUAAAAUCAAUAGCAUAGCAGCAGAAAAGCAAUCCAAUGAAAGCAUUAAGGCAAAGUCCAAUGAAGUAAUGCCUGAUGAUCAUUUGCUUCAAGACAUAGAAGCAGGUGCAACAAAACCGGAUGGUACCUUGAAAAACGAGACAAAAAAUGAAGAUGAUGCUAAUUUCAAUACAAGCAAGUCUUCUAUUGUUACUAGUAAUGGUAACAAGAGUGAGUCAAGACCUAUAAGAAAGAAGAGGCACAUUGCUUCAGCAUCUACUGCAUUACUUUUUGGCACAGUCCUUGGCCUUAUUCAAGCUGCAACCCUUAUAUUUGCAGCAAAACCUCUAUUAGGUGCAAUGGGUUUGAAAAGUGAUUCUCCGAUGAUGACCCCGGCUACUAAGUACCUAAGGUUGAGAGCCUUAGGUGCUCCGGCAGUGCUUCUCUCUUUGGCCAUGCAAGGAAUCUUUAGAGGGUUUAAAGACACAACAACUCCUUUAUAUGUCAUUGUUUCCGGAUAUACGUUGAAUGUCGCUUUGGAUCCACUACUUAUCUUUUACUUCAAAAUGGGCAUCAGAGGUGCAGCCAUUUCACAUGUGCUCUCUCAGUAA